AUGACUGACAAGACUAUGUUAAAUGAUACCGUUGACAUUCAUGUUUCUCUCCGAUCUGCUGAGGAAACUGAAACAAAAACGGAUAACGAUCCACCUUUGUAUGAAUAUCCACAACUUGAUUUUAGUGGUGGAUGGAAAGAUCUUGGCUUUGCUAUUGUUUUCUGGAUUAACGCUAUUGCUGUCAUAUUAGUGGGUAUUAUCUUAGGCAUACCAACUAUAGUUUCGUCUCUUAACCAUGAUACAUCCAGUCAAAUGGAAACAACAUCAUUCGAUGCUAGCAUCAAGCCUUUCGCCUACGGAUUGUGUGUUGCAGCAGCUGUUGGUGCAUUAGCUUCGUUUCUCAGCCUUUUCAUUUUACAACAGUGUGCUGGCCAAAUGAUCAAAUGCUCGUUUUUCAUAAUUAUUAUGAUGCAGGUUCUUUUAGGAGUGAUUCUUUUAUUUAUACUAUGGCCACUUUCUCUAAUACCUGCGACCUUUAUAUUGUUUACGUUGAUUUUCUUAUCAUGUAUUCGAAAACGAAUAUCCUUUGCCGAAGCUCACUUACAAGCAGGCUUUGCUUCUUUACGUAGUCAUCCAUCGGUAAUAUUAAUAGCUCUUGCCAUGAUUGUUGUCGAAUUCCUGUGGUUUAUCUUCUGGUUUCUGAUGAUAUUGGGUAUUAUAAAUUUUUGGAAUAAUUCUAUGACAACUUUCUUUAUCAUUGUAUUGAUAUUAUUACUAUUAUUUUCGUGGUAUUGGGGUGCAAUUACAUUCGGAAAUAUCACUCAUUUCAUUACAGCAUGUUCUGUCGGUCAUUGGUGGUUUAGUGAUGAAGCUAGUCGACAAUAUACACUCAAAACUAGUGUUAAACGAGCAUUUACGACAAAUUUUGGAACUAUUUGUUUUGGAUCAUUUUUUGAAGCUUUUAUUAAAGCUGCACGUUCUUGUACAGAAAGUAAUGGUGGAAAAAAUAUUCUAGCAUGUGCUGCUCACUGUAUUCUUCUGACAAUCGAAAAACUAGUUGGUUAUCUCAAUGAAUGGGCAUUUAUUUAUGCAGCACUUACUGGUCAAGGAUUUGUUCAAGCUAGUCGAAGUUUUAUCAAAUUAUUUCAGCAACGUGGCUGGACAAUGGUUAUCAAUGAUAGUCUUAUUGAAACUACUAUGUUGAUUCUCAAUUUUGCAAUCGGUCUCAUAUCAGCCGCUGUUGGGGGUCUCAUCAUGCAACUUAUAACGAAUGACUCGUCAGAAAAAAUUGAAUCUAUCAUUAUUAUAGUUUUAAUUAGUUUUCUAAUUGGUCUACUCAUGAGUACAAUCGUCACAACAAUUUUGAAAGGGUGUGUCCGUACAGUACUCGUUUGCUUUGCUCUCAAUCCGGCAGCAUUGGCUGCGACGCACCCUGAUCAUUUUCAAGCUUUAACUAAAGUUUGGCAUCAAGUCUAUCCACAAGAAUUUGCCGACAGUGGUUAUGCUAAUAAAUUUAUAGAACCAGCAGCUUAUGCAUAA